AAGAAUGGUCUGUUCUAAAGUGGCACCAAGUGGUGCCAUUUUUAUUAUGAUAAUGCUUUCCCCCCCCCUUGAAAUGAAAGCGCUAGCAUUGACACCACCAAGUGCAUUUUAUAUGAUGGACAGAAUAAAAACCGAGCGAUCGAGUCAACCCCGACACGUACAGAACAUGGCUUUGGUUCCGCUUCCGGCAGAAGAUGUCAAGGAUCUUUUGGUGGUUGGCAGUCCGUCGGGGCUUCAGUAUGAGACCUACUGGGGAAGAACCAAGCGUGAGACGUAUAAUAGACUCCUAGAAUCUACAAUGGUUGCUGCUAUUGGAUGUUUCUUUUCCUACUUUGUGAGCUUUGUGGUAGGAAGCUUUGUGGCUACUAUUUUUGGUUCUCUUUUUGCUUUUUGGGCUGUGUUAUCUCCCGACUUCAAGGCAAGGCAGAGAAAUUGGGAAUUUUUGGGAGGAAGGGCUAUCGUAGAUCCUUGGAUGUUAGAUGACGCGAAUGGUUCAGUCGAUCGCAACAAUGCAGGCCUAUACGGCUCAAUGUUUUUGGGGAGGAUUGAAGAUGCGUGCGUUGUCGAAGAUAAUGCAUCAAUCGACGAAUUCGAUCUAGAAGAGUUCCAGGAUUACAAAAAUGAGGAAGACGAACAAGAGGAAAUUACGGGAUUUCCGUACUUGAUUCGAUUGCGAAUUACUGACAACGAUGGAAGAGAAUUACAAAUACAUUCUCGCUUAAGCGAAGAGUAUCUUGGAAUUCAAAAGGGAAUGCCUAUUGCUGGGAUUCUACUAAGUACAUACGAAUCAUUUUCUUCAUUGUCGGCUAUGUCCGAUGUAUACGUCCCUGACGUGGGUUGUUUUGUCGGUGAUUAUCCCUACUUGAAUAGACCGGGGAUGGAAGAAUUAUUGUCAUCAGAUGACGAUCUUUGGAACACGCUACAGUCGCAAAGCCGAUGGUGAUGAUUUAAAACCAAACAGUAGGCUAUUUCAUUCGUUCUAUCUAGCCACUCAAUAAUCCUUGAUCAGGGAGCUCAACCUUUCCAGCCAUAAUUGUUUUGAGAUUUAAUUCUCGACCCAUCAAAGUAUCUUCAAGAUGUUGAUACGACGGACUCAGAUCGUUGGUUGUCAUUAAGGAAAUAUUCGCGGUACAACCUUCCACACCAAGGACUUUCUGCUGCAAAUACUUUUUCAGCGUAGAGCUUGCAUUGGGGUCGUUGUAUCCAGCUUGGAUUCCACCCCAAGUAACGCAGCCUGUUUUACUAUCAACAGUACUGUGUUCAUAGGUGAAAUCUAAAAAUCGGUGAAUUUUUUCUUUUGGAGAGAAAGCAUACACAGACAUUGAAUGAAUCAUCAAAUCACCCAAUCUUCUUCUGUAAAUCAUUCCCUGUCUGUCUACAACCUUUAGGAAUCGUCGAACUUCAUUGCUCUGAAAAAAGGACAGCUUGGCAACAAAAAAGUUGUUGUAAAUUCCACACAUAUCCAAAUCAAUGUCACGGAUUGGUGCAGGUGAUCCUUUCAAAUUUCUCCAAAUCUUCCAGAUUCUUCGAGUAACCUGCAUCUCGUAGGAACAAAGUCGAAAUCCGUAGUUAAAAUCAUUCUCUUUCAUAAAGUCAAAAACAUCAUAUUUGACUGGAGACCUCAGAAAUGAAUCUUCGUCAAAGCGCAUAAUGUACUCGUACAAACAUCCAUGAGUCUUUCGGUAGUCUUCAAAAAAACGCCAGAUGUCAAUUGCAUACCAAUGCAUCAUCUGCCGAUAUCCUUCUGAGAAAAGAGGAUAAGCAUACCAAUCAUGAGGGUUGUCUUGACUGUGCCAACUUGGACGGCGCCAAUACGAAGUGUUGUAGAGAUCUAUGAAGUAGAGAGCUUCUCGAAACUUCGAUCCCAAUCUACCUUCAAUCAAAUUCAUAUCAUCGUCUGUGAAGUCUGCAGUAUGGAAGACAAUCACAUCUGUAUUGUUUUGAUGGUUGUUCAAAGAAAGAUAAUUUGUAUUCAUGAGUUCCAAGGAUUCAAGUAAAGAAUUGAAGCUGUUUCUGUCGUAACUUGAGUGGUUUUUCUGUCCCAAGUAGACAAUUGCAUUUCUCUUGCAUAUAUGAUUCUGACUCCCCUUGGAAAUCUUGGCAUCAAUUUUUACUGAUGUCUUUUCGGCUCUAACUUCAUUUGCAUUCGCGUUUUUUGACACCUUUCCACUACUAGUUGCUAGAACUUGUUCGACCAUAGAAUAGAAUUCCACGGGACUCAAUCGAUGAGGGUCUUCCCAGUUCACACUUUGGUUGUGAAGAUUCAUAUUAAGGUAAAUUGCGGCUUCGGAUAUUGCACUGUUGCCGUGUAGCAAGAACUGACAUUUUGACAUAGCUAGAACAUCAACAAGAGCUUCAGAGUUCACACGGUGGUGUUUUUCCAGCAUAUGAGCAGGCCAUUUCCAAGACGACCUUACAACGAAGGAACCCUGAGUUCGGAUCAUUCGUUGAACGUCGGGUGGGAAAUGCUGAAUGAUAUAUUCCAAUGAUCGAUGUGAAUCUGAGGCCACGUAGACUUCUUUUCCUCCAGCCCGAGCAAAUGCGACAAGAUAGUCCCGGAACUUAUUUGGUGGGAACUUUGUGCGAUGACUUCCUUCUUUAUCAGCGUUGCGUAAGUGAACGGCGAGACAGGGAGGUGAUGUUGAAUUAACCGGAUUAACUUGU